AUGUUUGCUAAAAGUAACUGAAAAUGCUUCCAGCUAAAAGAUCAAAGCAUUUAUUAUGGAGAAGUCGGCUACAUAAAGCCAUCAGGAGAUAUUGCACUAGAAGAAAAUUUAACACCUGAAGAGAAAGCCACGCUUAGAAAAGUAAGGCAUGGCUUUGGGAUUCAGCUAUUCAUGACGAAUGCUUCAGAGGUUUUAUGCAAAUAUGAAGGGGAAUGGAAAAAUGAUAAGAGAACUGGCCAAGGACUGUGCAUUUUUCCUAACGGAGACUUAUAUCAAGGCAAAAUGCACAAUGAUAAACGCCACGGACAAGGAACUUAUCAAUGGAAAGAUGGGAGAAAAUAUGAAGGAGAAUGGAAACAAGACCGCAUGGAAGGCUCUGGGAGUUUUUCUCAUAGUAAUGGGUUCAAGCUGCAAGGACUUUUCAACGCCAAUUAUUAUCUGCACAAAGAUCUCGCCGUAAAUCCUUUUUUAGAAGAAGAGCAACUCCAAGAAGAAAUCAAGCUCCAAGAAUCUCACAAGAAAAAGACCAUAAAAAGGCUUGACCUCCAAAAAACUGAAGUCAAGCUCCACAGAAUUCCCAACCUACAAAAACUCGGCGAGGCCUUAGCUAAAGUCGACUCCUCUGGCAGAAUUGGGAUAAUUCUAACGACCCAACAGUCCUUCCUGAAAAAAAGCGAAAUUUUUGACGCUUUGCGAAGGCUCAACAAGCAAGUUUUUGAGCUUGAUCUCAAAGGCUUAGCCCAGAUGAAAAAAGAAGAAGGAAAAGAAAGCGUCAGAUCAGCAGUCCGAGGAGUUGUAGCUGACGCAUUAACCAGCGGAGGAAUUUUGCUGCUAAAUUUAGACGAUACGACUUCAAAUUAUAACGAACUGUAUUAUCCUGACAUCCAGGAGUUUUAUCACAGCACAUCUUUUCCUCCUUAUUUGUUUAGACCUAAUGAGUUUAAAGAAAAAGAAGAAAUUUGGAACGCGUUUUGUGAUGGACAAGAAAUGGGACUUGACAAAAGCUACCAGUUUUUGCUAUGGAGUAAGGUAAAGCUGGAAGACAGCUUGGACGACCAAGAUAUCCUGGUGAAGUUUGAGAAAAGGUUUUCCAAGAUUUUGCAGCUGGACAGGAUUGAUUUGAUUUUAAGUCAUAAUGAUAUUGAAGAAGAGGAGCAGGAUAGCUAA